UGAACAAAGCGACCCGGAAGCGGUGGUGGGACUGGAGGCAGGCAGAGACAGAACAUCAAGCUUUUAUAUUAAAGCUGCGCUCGCAACACAAUAUCUCUGCAGCCGGGACACAAGGAUGGCAGAGCCACGAUUUAACAACCCGUAUUUCUGGCCGCCCCCGCCCUCCAUGCCAGGCCAGCUGGAUAACCUGGUGCUCAUUAACAAGAUUAAGGAGCAGCUGAUGGCCGAGAAGAUCCGACCCUUGCACCUGCCGCCUACCUCCAGCCCGUCCCAGCAGACCCUGCUGUUGCCCACCUCGACCCAGGACGGGGGCAACCAGCACGGUAUGUCAUUGCAAAAGCAGCAGCAGUUGUCGGGCCACCACCCGCAGGGACAGGGCUCUGGACAGCCGGACAUCGCUCUGCAUGCUCGCCCCGCCUCCAGCUCGGGACAGGAUGGAUUAAUGGACGACAAGUCAGCGGUGAAGGCUAAAGGAUUGUGGGAAGACUGGCACCUGAGACAGCUUGGCGAGCAAACUGGCCGCAUGAACCAUCGCUCAGCGCUGGCUCCCUCAUCCCGACCGGACAGCCACAUCAUGUCCGAGGCCCUGACCCCCACGACCCCGACCUCCAGCAGCCAGAACCGCCUCGGUGGCGCCCCCUCUCUGAACAUCAUCUCUGGGCUGGCCAGUGGUCCGGGCAUGGACCACAUGAAGGUCGGCGGCCUGGCAGGACUGUUGGGCCCCCCACCCAAGGCCCCCCGGGGACGGAAGAAGAUCAAAGCUGAAAACCAAUCGGGUCCUCUGCUGGUGGUGCCCUACCCCAUCCUAGCUGACCAAGGCUGUGUCACAAUUGCACCCAAAGAGGGCAAAAUCUACAGAUGCAAAGUGUGCCCACUCACCUUCCUGUCCAAGUCCGAGAUGCAGAUUCACUCCAAGUCUCACACGGAGGCCAAACCACACAAGUGUCCCCACUGCACCAAGACGUUCGCCAACGCCUCCUACCUGUCGCAGCACCUGCGCAUCCACCUGGGGAUCAAACCCUACCACUGCUCCUACUGCGAGAACUCCUUCCGUCAGCUGUCCCACCUGCAGCAGCACACCAGAAUCCACACCGGCGACCGGCCUUAUAAAUGUGCUCACCCCGGAUGUGAAAAGGCUUUUACCCAGCUGUCUAACCUCCAGUCUCACCAGAGGCAGCACAAUAAAGACAAGCCGUACAAAUGUCCCAACUGCUACCGUGCCUACUCCGACUCCGCUUCAUUGCAGAUCCACUUGUCAGCGCACGCCAUCAAAAACGCUAAGGCCUACUGCUGUAGCAUGUGUGGCCGGGCAUACACCUCAGAGACCUACCUAAUGAAGCACAUGUCCAAACACACGGUGGUGGAGCACCUAGUGAGCCACCAGUCGCCCCAGAGGACCGAGUCCCCGAACAUCCCCAUACGGAUCUCCCUCAUCUGAGCCUCCCCCCCCGGCAGCCCGGCAGCAGGUCGGAUUCGGAGUCUAUGAUCGGCUGGAGCUUGUGAGGCCCUGCACCCACGGCCAUCUACAUAAGGCUUACAUUGGCAUUAUGACAGCUGACAUACAUUCAGUACAUUCAGACCUAUACCCUUUUUUUUUUCUUCGUUACAACAAUGUUAAUGUUGUAAUCAGUCCUGCUAAGAUCAUUGAAAUCAGCUUUUUCCCCUCGUCAAUCUACACUAAGUGCCCCAUUCUGACAAAGCAAAAGAGGAAACACUUGUAUUUGAACUUACCUAAAGUGAACGGAUGUGUCGCCUUCCAAGUCAUGGACGUAUAGCACAGUGUGGUAACUAUCUUUAUCAAGGCCCAGCUGUCCCCUCAUGAAACCACAAUUAAAUUCACUUAAUCAGGAUUUUGCACCAAAUUGCACGACCAUAUAAAUAUCAGUCUCCAAACUGUGCUUGAUUUUUUUUUCCUUCAAGAUCCAGAAGGAAUCCGGUAUCUGCCCCAAUUCUGUUUGUGGAUUUGCACUCACUCGUAAAUAUCAGUCCAAAAAAAAAUGCCUUAUUUCAGAUAAUAAAUUCCUAGAUCUGCCCCUUCGUGCAAAUCCUGGGCUAAAAUUUAAUGAGUUGUUAGUGGACCAUGUCCCGUCCCUCCACCAAGUUUGGUGGAAAUCUGUUGUACUUUUUAUGUUCUGCUCUUAAAACAAACCAACACACAGACAGGGCUGAGAACACAACCCUGUUAGUGGAGUUUACCACCAAUUGUGUAGAAAUAUCUGAAAAAUCCGAACGAGGACCCUGUCUUUGCUGUGAUGAUGGGCUGCUCAGUGCAGAUUGAUGAGGAGAUUAAUGAAGACUUUAAAACUACAUUAGCUCGAGGCUGUAACUUAAACUGUGAAAACAGUGAAGAGGUCUGAAAAGGCCCUGAACGCGCUGUGAGCGCUCAGCGAGCGGACCGCCUCAAUUCGUCCCGACACAGGCCGCCUGUCCUAAAUGAGCACAGCGUUAUUUUGUGAAUGUAACAAUACAGCUAGAUGUUGUCCUGAGGAUCGAGUGGCAAAGAAUGUCUUGCGUCAGAUCUAAUAAGCACUUUCGUAAGCGUCAUGUAAACUGCCGGAUGCAUUGGCCAUCAGAAAUGUUUUAGUUUGUUUUGUUUUUUUUCCUCUUCCAUCAAAUGGGUUUCUAAAACGUGCCAGAUGAUAUUUGCCCUUAUAAAGAAUUGAGAAAGUAGAAAAAAGUAAAUGUUUGCUGGGUGUAUUCUGGAGACAUCCAAAGAUAAUCUUAAAGCACUUUUAGGCCUCGUGGUUUUGGCUCAAAUUGUUUCAAUCUUGUUGGAUGGAAAAUGCCAAAGGGCAUUACUUGUGGCAGCUAAGAGUACCGACUGUGUAUAGAUAACAGUGUUUCUGUUACUUUCUUUGCUUUUACUCGCAUUUUCGGUGCAAGUACACAUUUACAGGGUCGUCUAAAUUUGAAGAAAGGCAAUCGGUAGAUGACAAUUUCAACGUUUCAUGAUUGUAUUAACAAGGUGUACUGUUGAUUUGGGGAGGGAAAACUAAAAAAAAUAGAGCAACACGGAAGGGAAGAAAGAUGAAUGUUUUUGUUUUUUUUAUAUCUCCAAUAUCUUUCACUCCACAUUUGACAUAUUUCACUUUUACGGCACUUUUUAUGAUCAUAACACAGGAUCAAUCAAACACUGCUUUUACAUUACGUUCUCCCUCACGUCCUCAGAACUCGUGCCAUUCACAAUUAUCCUUGUUUCCAAGAGAAAGCAGUUCUCUUCAUCGUGUUUGUCGGCGUUCUCUGUUCAGUUAAGCUUUUACUUACUUAGUAUUAGAAGUAUUUUGUCGCAGAGGUUGAAAACAUUGCACAUGCAUCGAUGCCAGCUCUACUUUUGAAUACACAUCAAAUUUUAAAUCGAGUGGCCAAUUUUUAAAUGUCGCCGCUGGACCAAAAUGUGAAGUUAAUGAACUCUGACCCUCCCCGGUAGGAUCUUUUCUUUAAGCCUUUAAUAAGCUUUACCUAUUUUUAAAUAAACUGCAGUAUAAGUCAUAUUCCAUAGGCCUAUAUUUUGAGUUUAUGUGGAGUGGAUGCUUCUCCUUUUGAUUAGUUUUGUUCUCCUUAGUAUUCUUUUUAUUGUACACAGUAUUGUUUGUUGUAUUUUUACUGUAACUUUAAACUCCGGAUGGUACUAAUAGGGUACCCUGUGUUCUUCAGGGCACUUCAGAAAAAAAUAAGGUGCUACAGCUAGAUGUUAUGUUUGAGAUGGAACUGAGAAAAAUGUAAAAUACAUAUACAGUAUAUAGUAUGUUUUCAAAAGAAUUAAAAAAAAACAACCUAUUACUCAAGCCACUGGCCUGAAAAACAAGACAUUUUACGCCAACAACAGACCCUGCCUCUUCAACUUUACUCUCUUCUGAGAUAGUGGGAAAAUGUACAUGUUGCUGUACUGUAAAACAUGUUACUCAUUUAUAGAACCUAUUUUUAAGUUUUCAUCAACACGCUCUGUUUGGGUUUUUGUAAAAGCUUAUGUAUGGACUUACUGUAAUUAUUUUAGUCUACCCGUAUGUUAUUAAUACUCAUGUUUUAUAUCAGUUAUUUCCAUGUAAGCCUUAACUGUUCUAUCAUCCCAUUUCCAUGACUAUGUAUUGUGUUCUGCAGUAUUCAAUCGUGUAAACAUUUUUUUUUAUUUCCUUUCCUUCCGCAUGGAGUUCCUGAGCUGUAAACUGUAUGAUAACUGUUUAACCCAUGUUCUCGAUGAAAAGAUAUUGCGUAGAUUUAUUACACUUUUUCCUGUCUUGCAUUGUGGUUUCAUAUACAGUUUCUAGAACGACUAAAUAUGCACAGACAAGACUGAGAAGUUAAACUAAGGUUAUCAAUGUUUAAAAAAGGAAAAAAAAGCUUUGUAUCUUUACCUUGUUUAAUAAACAGACUGUUACAAAUUC